ACUUAUCAAGAUAUCAUGGCUGAUGACCCCAAACAUCGAUAUUUCAUUGACAUCUGAUCGACGCACAGAGUUCACUCCAUGUGGAUUCUUGUCUUAAUGUUGCUACACACCGUUCCCCAUGAAAUUUGAUAUGUAAGAGGAAAGCCAGAGUUAGGAACAAUAAUAGCUACACAUUGAUAAUGUAUUGCCUUUAUGUAAUACUCCAAGUAUCAGUGUUUGUAGAUUUAGUCCUCUCAGUUGAUGUUGUACAUUCCAAAUCGCGAUUUCUACAAACAGGAAUAAAUGGAAAUCCACCGGUAGUUGAACCGGUUCCAAAGGUUCGAGUUUACGUCUAUAAUCCUCCAAAUACGUUCAACCCAGACAAUGAACUAUUCAGCAAGAGAAUACUAAGAAACUUAGAGGAGGAGUCUAGGAGGAAUGAGGACAUUUUACUCGAUAAUAAGGCUGCUGAAGAGCAUGAAUUUCAGAGGAAGCAAUUAAGCAGGAUACUGGGUAAUUCCAUCAACAAUUUAUGGGUCAAAUAAUAAAUUGCAGAUGCAUUUGAAAAAAAUAAAGGUUGAAAUGUGGACUUUGUCGCAUAUCCUCGGCAAAUAAUCGUCAAUGCGUGAACCUCUCUUAUGGUGUGGUUAAUAGUGCGUUAGAAAAUGAGCAAAUCAGUUCACGUUCAUAUACACCUGCUAGCGCUAGUUUGGUUUCAAUUAUGUUGUAAUAUGUGAAC